AUGUCGAGUGCGACGUACGACGAGCUCUGGAUGGAGGCGCACACGUUGCUUGCCGAGACGAUUCAGACGGACACGGUGCUUCAGGGUGCGAAGCCCCAGCGGGACCGUAAGAAAGCGCACGACCUCGUCGCGGCGUUGUACGUGAGAUACGUGCUCGCGUGCAACAAACUCGAGCGAUGCUACGACCAGGUGAUACAGCCGCAGAAACGCUUUCUGAUCAGAAAGUCGCUGAAUGCGUGCCUCGGCAGGGUACUGGAGCUGAAGCACGACCUGGUGAACGUCGAUCUUGCCGAGCACAAUUAUUACGACGACGCGUUGAUCGAGUGCGGCGUCAUGCCGCAGGAGGCCGAGAUCCACGUGCCCAGAUACUUCAGACGCCAACGAAUCACCGAAAUCGAGGAGAGACGCAGGUUCAUGGAGGAGACGCUGAGAAAUCUCGGCGCGUUCCGCGACACCGACGUGCCAGAGAAGAUCACCGAGUCACAGGCCAUACGACUUAUUCAGGUCCACGAGCGAGCGAGACAGGGCAGGCUUCGAUAUCAGUUUAUGAAGGAAAUCCGCGAAAUGAAGGAGAGAUCGAGCAAGCCGGAAGCCGAGGAGGAGGACGAGACGAGCGGAAAGCUUGCGGCGCUGAAGAUUCAGAAAGUAUGGAGAGGAUAUAUCACCAGGCGUUGGGUUCGCAAGAGACGUCUCGAGGAGAUGCUACUCAUAGGUAUGCUACAGCCCAGCCAAGUGGUCACGGAAAAUGCCAGGCAAGUGGAAAGAUUGAAACAGCAGAGGCGCGAGAAGCAAUUGGAUUUUCAGCGGCAAUACGAGAGUUUGUUACUCGAGGCUAAGGAGAGAAUUCGCAGGGACAAGAGCGCCGUGAUGGAGGAGAACAUAAGGAGCGAGAUUCGAAAUUGGAUCGACACUUACUUCCAACAGACCGGGAAGAUUCCCGAUUUACCUUCCGCUGAGAGCGGCGGCUCGCGAAUGAUCUUCAGUAGACAAGGAACCGAGAGUACGGUGAGCAAGUCCACGGCGGUGUCGUCGAAGGACUCGAAGAAAUCGAAACGCUCGAAAUCGAAGAAAGACAGCGAGACGGAGCAGUCGGAGGAUGAGACGGAUCUAGGAUUCAAGUCGGUUCCCUCCAACUUUCUGCCGGAACUGGUGCACGCGAAUCAAGAGUACCAGGAGGUCUGGAGGGGCAAGGACGAGUCCAGGAAUCGCGAGCAGCUACCUUAUCUCGAUAUGAUAGAAGCGGACAAGACGAGGGAAGUCGAGGACGAAGUCAGGGCGGGCGUGGAUCAGGUGAUGAGAGGCGAUAUAGAAGCACUUCAGGCAGCGUUGGACAGGGACAAAGGCUUCAAGGGGAAACGUGCGAAGAAACUUCAGAAACGAGUACGCAGGAGCGGCAAGAAGAACAAGAGGAAAAAGGAGAAGGAUCUGACGCCUGACAGAACGACCGAAUCCCUCUUCGAGGAGCUGCUUACUCAGGGUAUUAUUAAGCUCCACCGGGAAAUCUCGCUCGACGAGUUCAAGGGUGAAAAAUCGUUCGCGAAUUACGACCUCCGUAAGAAGGAAAAGGAUCCGCUGCCCACCCUCGGAGACGUGAGGCAACUCAUCGCCGAAUAUUGCGUACUCCCGUUGGGUGAUCACGUCCUGAGAGAAUUGACGCCUGUCGUGAGAUCGGUCUUGAUUGCUGGCCCGCACGGCAGCGGUAAGAAGUUGCUAGUGAACGCGAUUUGUACGGAGCUCGGUGCCACGCUUUUCGACAUCACGCCGGCGAAUAUCGCCGGCAAAUAUCCUGGCAAAUCAGGACUGAUCAUGCUCAUCCAUCUGAUCUCGAAGGUAUCACGGCUGCUGCAGCCGUCGGUAAUCUUCAUGGACGACGCGGAAAAACCGUUCGUGAAAAAAAUACCAAAAACCGACAAGACCGAUCCGAAACGUUUGAAGAAAGAUCUACCGAAGUUGGUGAAGAGCAUCACGGGCGAAGACCGAGUUGUGCUUAUAGGGACAUCUAACAAACCCUGGGACGGCGAUCAGAAACUCCUGUAUCAGACUUACGACAAGGUCGUAUACAUUCCUAGACCGGACUACGGCACCGUGUCUCUCAUAUGGAAGGAUUUGUUGUAUAAAUAUUCGGGUAUCAAUCGGCAAUUCGAUACGCCGGCCAUGGCGAAAGCGUGUGACGGUUUUACAAUUGGCUCCAUUUUAGAAGCGAUCAAUGAGGUGAUGACCACGAAACGUAUGGUGCAGCUUCGAACUCAUCCCUUGACGCAUGCCGAGCUGGUGAACGCGUUGAGUUUCAGAGACCCGGUGUAUCGCGAGGAGGAGGAUGCAUUUUUAGCCUGGUUUUCAAAGACACCGACCUGCCGACGGAAACAGAAAACUCUCGAACUAGAGCUCGAGAAAUUGAACGAGGCGAACGAGUCGAAGAAGAAGAAAAAAGAGGCAAAGUAGCGGACGAAUUCGCUUCCACACAAUAGACGGA